AUGGCGACCGUUGAAGGUGAGGAGUGUCCGUCGUUUUACAUAAAGGAGGAGAACAACAAGGAGGUGAUGGCGGCCGUACCUCCACCGCCUCUGUCGGCGCUGCCAGGCGGCUUCCUCAAACAGCUGGUCAGAGAUUCAGAGAAGGAGACCAAACACAAAGAGCCGGACGUCAAGGAGGAGAAAGCACCAAGCAAACUGAGUGAUAACCUUGUACAACAGUUCCUCGUCCCGGAUCAGACUCCUCCGAUCCUGGAGGCCGAGAUGUCCCUCCGGGCCGAGCAGCUAAUCAGCAACAGCAGGCAAGGACGCAACUCAGCCCAGUCUGACGGCAGGUCCUCGUCUCAGAUGCACAUAGUUUCUCCUGAGCCUGGCGGUAAAAUGGAAACCAGACAGGGUGUGACACCAGAGCCGCCAAAGCAGCAACAGGACAUGACGUCGGAGAAGAAGAGCAAGAAGACGCCACAGGCCGAGCAGAAGGAGGAGAGAAUAGAGGAGGUGAAGCAGGUGGAGAAGAAGAAGAAGAAGGAGGAGAAGAAGAAAAAGGAGGAGGAGGGGAUGGAGGAGAGGCAGGAGCCAGAGGGAAGGCAAGCAGACACAGCUAUAACAGAGCAUAACAGGAGAGAGGUGAGGGACGUGUGGUAUGAAGCUGGAACUGUGUGGUGUGUCCAGAAGGACGGUUUCACCCUCGCUACUCAGCUGAAGCCAGACGAAGGCACACCUGAACUCCCAGAAGGCCGAGUGAGGGUCCGCCUCCAGACAGAUGGGUCGCUGCAUGACGUCACAGAGUAUGAAAUUGAGAAGUGUAACCCCUCGGAGCUGGAACUGUGUGAGGAUCUGAGCGACCUGCAGAGUGUGAAUGAAUGUGGAGUUCUGCACACGCUGACCAGUCGAGCUAAAGCCAGCAUGCCGCUCACACACGCAGGACCCAACCUGGUCAACUUCUGGCCUCCGGUACAGGCCCACAGCAAGACGCCAAAGUCCCGGCGAGGAGAGUCUAUGUGGGACGCUCCCCCUGCUCUGGCAGCCCUGGUCAAACGGGUGUACGUGUCCAUGGUCGGCACCAGGAGAGACCACAGCGUGUGUGCGGUGGGACGCAGCGGGACAGGGAAGACCACCGCCUGCCAAGCCUUCACACACACUCUCCUCAAACAAGCUGGUACAACCGGAGAGAACGUCAGCGUGGAGCGUGUGCAGGCCAUGUUCACCAUCCUGAAGUCUUUCGGCUGCGUCAGCUCCCAGCACAGCGACGCCUCAUCUCGAUUUGCCACCGUCUUCUCGUUGGACUUUAACCACGCCGGACAGGCUGCCGCCGGACACCUGCAGACCAUGAUGCUGGACAAAUGGAGAGUGUGUCAGAAACCCCCUGGAGAGAGUAACUUCCUGGUCUUCUCACAGAUGCUGGCCGGACUCAGCACAGAGAUGAGGACAGAACUGCAGCUGCACCAGCUCCCUGAAGCCAACUCGUUUGGCAUUGUUCAUCCCACCAAGGUUGAGGAGAAGCAGCGUGCGUCCGUUGCCUUCACCAAGCUGCUGACUGCCAUGGAAACGCUGGGAUUCUCAGCCGGCGAGCAGAAGGCGAUAUGGCACGUUCUGGCUGGUAUUUACCAUCUGGGAGCUGCCGGGGCCUGCAGAGUGGGCAGGAGGCAGUUUGUGAAUUUCGACAGCGCCCAGGUGUCCAGCAGCGUGCUGGGCUGCGAGGGAGAGGAGCUGCACACCGCCGUGUUCAAACACCACCUCCGCCAGCUGCUGCAGAGAGCCACCGGAGGCAGCAGAGAGAGGAACCCUGCUGCCCAGUCAGAGGAGGGUCCCAGGUUGACGGCUGCUCAGUGUGUCGAUGGAAUGGCUGCAGGACUCUAUGAGGAACUCUUCGGCGCCAUAGUGUCACUCAUCAACAGGGCUCUGAGCGGUCAACAGCUGACGUUAGCCUCGGUGAUGGUGGUGGACACGCCGGGCCUCAGGAACCCGAGACACUCGGCAGAGGAGCGAGCGGCCGGCUGGUCCGAGCUCUGCCACAACUACCUGCAGGAGAGGCUGCUGGAGCACUACCACACACACACCUUCAGACACACACUGGAGAGAUACACACAGGAGAAGGUCCCAGUGGAGUUCGAGUGUCCAGAGAGCAGCCCGGCUGAGGUGGUGUCCGCCAUCGACCAGCCGCCUCCACAGGUCCGGGCGGCAGAUGGAGACCCCAGAGGUCUGUUGUGGGUUCUGGAUGAGGAGAUGGUGACACCAGCCGCCAGUGAGAACAGCGCCCUGGGGAGAGUCUGCCAGUAUUUCAGCAACACUGUGCGUCAGUGCGAGCAGCCGCUGCAGUGCGAGGUGAACCACCUGAUGGGCUGCGACCCGAUCCGCUACGACCUGACUGGCUGGUUCGGUCUGAUCCAGAACAACCCGUCGGCUCUGAACGCCAUCUGUCUGCUCCAGAACUCCACCGUAGCGGCGGUGAAGGCCAUGUUCACCCCCCGAAUCUCUCUGCCCCCUCUGUGUCGAGGUCUGGGGGGUCUGGAGGGCGGCAGCCAGCGCUCUCUGCAGAGGAACGGCACCAUCAGGAAAACCUUCAGCGGGGGGAUGGCGGCCAUUCGCAGACACUCGCAGUGUAUCGCAGUGAAGCUACAGGCCGACGCUCUGGUGAACCUGAUUCGUCGAGCCCGGCCCGUGUUCCUGCAGUGUGUGAGCGCCAAGAGCGACGGUGGAAGUCUCGACGUCCCGGCGCUGAGAGUCCAGCUGCACUCCACACAGAUCCUGUCGGCGCUGCAGCUCUACCGCACAGGUUAUCCAGAGCACAUGACUCUCAGCGACUUCAGGUGUCACUUCCAGGCGUUGUCUCCCCCGAUUAUGAAACGUUACGCCUCGAUGUUCGUCAGCCACGACGAGAGAAAGGCGGUGGAGGAGCUGCUGGCUGAGCUGGAUCUGGAUAAAAAGAGCAUCGUCGUGGGCGCCAGCAGGGUGUUUAUGAAGCGAGGUGUGCUGCGCUACCUGGAGCAGCAGCGGGACCAGCAGGUCACCGGCUGGUUGGUCUAUCUGCAGGCCUCCUGCAUGGGACACGUGGCCCGUCAGAAGUACCGCAAGCUGAAGGUGCAGCAGAUGGCGGUCAGCUGUCUGCAGAGGAACCUUCGCGCUCUGAGGGUCGUGUCCAACUGGAGCUGGUGGAAACUUUUCUGCCGAGUUCGUCCUCUGCUUGACGUCAACAUGGACAACCAGAGGCUCCGGGCCAAAGAGGACGAGGUUUCAGCUCUGAGGCGACGUCUGGAGAAAUCAGAGAAGGAGAGGAACGAGCUGAGGCAGACCGCUGACAGCCUGGAGACCAAGGUUACAGCUGUGACAUCUGAGCUAAGUGACGAGCGUUUCCGCGGCGAUGCGGUGGGACAGGCUCUGGAUGUGGAGAGGGCAGAGAGGCUUCGACUCAGCAGGGACAACAAAGACCUGCAGGCUCGUCUGGACCAGUGUAAAGUCGCCAUGGAAACGCUGGAGAAGCAGCUGGAGGAGGAGAAGCAGAAAGCUCAGAUGGCUCAGAGUCAGAGAGGAGCGGGGACAGAAAGCGAGCUGGCCAUGCAGCUGGAGUGCUGCCAGACAGAGGUUGAGUUCGUCCGCAGACGUCUGAAGCAGACGGAGGAAAAACUGGAGACGGAGAGACAGACGCGACAACAGCUCGAUACCAAGGUGGCGACGCUGCAGGCCCAGCUGGAGCAGUCCAGGAGGAGUGUGACAGAACUGAAACGUCACUGUCGCCGCGUGACCUCUGACCUCCAGGACGCCCGAGUCCUCACUGACAGCCUGCAGAGCCGCAUGCACGAGCUGGACCGCAAACAGAGAAGGUUUGACAAUGAGUUGACUCAAGCUCUGGAGGAAGCCGACAACGAGAGAGAGCAAAAGGACAAAGCCUUUCAGGAAAUCGCAGCUCUGGGGACUGAGAUAUACACGCUGCGCCGCGACCUCCAGGAGAGCCAGUCAGAGGUGGGUCGUCUGCAGAAGCAGAAGGAGGAGUUGUGCGCUCAGAUCCGCGACCUCAGCCUGCCCGUCGACCUCGCCUCGGAUUCGCUGCCCGACCUCAAGAAACAGCUUCGUCUGCUGGAGAGCCAGGCCAGCGAGAGGGCGGAGGAAAUCACCAAGCUCACUGCCAAAAUACAGCAGCAGCAACAGAUCCACAUGAGGUUUGAGAUGGAGAUGGAGCGGAUGAAGCAGAUCCAUCAGAAAGAGCUGGAGGAUAAAGAGGAGGAGUUGGAGGAUGUGCACAAGUCGUCUCAGAGACGGCUGAGGCAGUUGGAGAUGCAGUUGGAGCAGGAGUAUGAGGAGAAACAGAUGGUGAUUCAUGAGAAACACGACUUGGAAGGACUCAUCGCAACUCUGUGUGACCAGGUGGGACACAGGGACUUCGACGUGGAGAAGAAGCUGAGGAGAGACCUGAAGAGGACUCACGCCCUGCUGGCCGACGCCCAGCUGCUCCUCGCCACCGUCGACAGCUCGGGACCGAACGUGCCCAACGGCAGCAAAGACCAGAUAGAGCGCCUGCACUAUCAGCUGGAGGAGAGCGAAGCGAGGCGCCUGGAGGCCGAGGGCGUCCAGACGACUCUCUCCCAGGAGCUGGAGAACACUCAGAUCGAAUUGGAAAAUAUCUGCAAACAGAAGAGUGUGGUGGACGAGCAGUUAGCCCUGCUGCAGCAUGAGAAGGCGGACCUGCUGAAGAGGCUGGAGGAGGACCAGGAAGACCUCAACGAGCUGAUGAAGAAGCACAAAGCGCUCAUCGCACAGUCCUCCAGUGACAUCUCUCAGAUCAGAGAGCUGCAGGCUGAACUGGAGGAGGUGAAGAAACAGAGGCACUCUCUCCAGGAAGAGCUCCAGCAGUCGGUGUCGAGGGUGCAGUUCCUGGAGUCGUCCACUGUGGGGCGUAGCAUUGUCAGUAAACAGGAGGCACGUGUAUGUGACCUGGAGAAUAAACUGGAGUUUCAGAGAGGGCAGGUGAAGAGGUUUGAGGUGCUGGUGUUGCGUUUGAGGGACAGCGUGGUUCGUCUGGGGGAGGAGCUGGAGCAGAGCGCCCAGGCCGAGGCUCGGGAGAGAGAGAACGCCCGCUACUACCAGCAACGGCUGCAGGACAUGAGGCUGGAGAUGGAGGAUCUGACCCAGAGGGAGGAGGACAGCAGCCGCAGACGCAUGGAGCUGGAAAUGCCAGUGGAGGAGCUCAGCGCCGUCAGACAGGCGCUACAGGCCGACCUGGAGACGUCCAUCCGCCGCAUCGUGGACCUGCAGGCCGCCCUGGAGGAGGUGGAGUCGAGCGAUGAGAGCGAUACUGAAAGUGACUCGGUGUCCAGCGCUGGCUCCAUCGGGACGGAGGAUGUCGGCGAGGGGAUUCGUCACUGGUUAGGAGUUCCACGAGGGGGGUCCCGCGGCGGGGGCUCUCCCUACAGCAGCCACGGGGGGCGCCAGUCUGUCGCUGACACCAUGAGCACCUACAGCUUCCGUUCUUGCGUGGAUCCUGAUGACGAGGGCUCUGAGGCGGGAGGAGCUGGUCCCAGAGGCCUCGGUCGGGCCCCGUCCUCCUCGGCCCUCUCUGAGCUGCUGGACGGACUUCGUAAACGCAGAGCCGGCGGCGACGCAGGCGAUGGAGCGGGCAGCGCCGUCUCCCUGCCGGUUUAUCAAAAGACCGCAGCCUCAACUCUGAGGCGAAGAGCUUCAGCCGUCUCUCUCGGCGCUCCAGACGACCCCCAGGAGCCCCGGCCGGGCCCCAGCAUCCUCAAACCGUCGUCCCCGCUCCUGCCGCGCGCCGCCAGCAGCCGCUCCAUAACCGAGUCUCAGCCGUCUGCCGCCGCCAAACUCUCUCGCUUCAACUCAAGCGACUCCCUCACUUCGGUUCCCUCGCUGCCUCGCCUCUCAUCGUUGGCUUCCUCCCUCGCCACUCGCCAUCACCCUCCCUCCCUGUCCAUCCCUGAGGAGGAGGAGCCCCUGCGCUCCGUGACAACUCCCAUCCAGCGUUCACCUCAGCCACUGAGGCGAUGCAUGCUGGGUAGUCUCGUCACAGAAGACGGGGGUGAAGGCUCUCUGGGUUCAGAACCCAUGGUCUUCCAGAACCGCCGUCUGACGGAGGAUAACGGGUGUGAUGACGCAGCGUCCGACAUCCUGCCCGCCAUCCGGAGAGCUCAGUCCACCAGCAGCCUGGCCAGCUCAGUCAGGGGGGGCAGGAGGUCGCUGAGCGUCCACUUCGGAGAGCUGCCCCCCUCCACCCGCAGCAGGAAAAGCUCUGAGUCGUCCAGCUCAGGCGGCUCAGGAGGAAGUUCCCAGGGGGCGGGGCCAAGACACAGGCACGAAAGGCCGCAGGGAGAAAGACUGGAGGCCGAGGGCAGCGAGGGCGGAGACGUGGCUUCAGUCAUGAAGAGAUACCUGAAGAAGGAGAUUGACUGAACCAGAUGAACUGAGGUCUCAGCUGUGAGCUUCACAGAAACACUGACGACUGCAGGAGCUGCAAUCAAGGCUGAACACGAUACUUGAGGAGCCAUCAGGGAUGUUUCUUCUGAUUCUCCACAUUGAUAUUUAAUCCACCUGAAAAUGCAUUUGUUCAACUCACAAGCACUAAAUCUACUGUAUUUUCAG